AACUUCUAUUUGCUGAUUUGUAGGACAUGGCCUGUGAUACAUUUUUAAAAAUUGUACAGAAGUGCAAGCGUAAAUUUGUUCUUGUACAGGUUGGGGAGAAUGAACCAUUUGUAUCAGAACUCUUAACAACUCUUCCAGCAACUAUUGCAGAUCUUGAGCCGCAUCAGAUACACUCCUUUUAUGAAUCUGUUGGUCAUAUGAUUCAAGCGGAAUCUGACCCCCAUAAAAGGGAUGAAUAUUUACAGAGAUUGAUGGCUCUUCCCAAUCAGAAAUGGGCUGAAAUUAUUGGGCAGGCACGCCAGAGUGUGGAUUUCUUGAAAGAUCAAGAAGUUAUUAGGGCAGUUCUAAAUAUAUUGCAGACAAAUACUAGUGCUGCCAGUUCUCUUGGAACUUAUUUCUUGCCACAGAUCUCUCUGAUCUUUUUGGACAUGCUCAACGUGUACAGAAUGUACAGUGAGCUUAUAUCUACCAGUAUUGCACAAGGAGGACCCUUUGCGUCAAGAACAUCGAUUGUGAAACUUCUACGGUCAGUGAAGAGGGAAACACUAAAGCUCAUUGAGACAUUUCUAGACAAAGCAGAAGAUCAACCUCAUAUUGGAAAGCAGUUUGUUCCUCCAAUGAUGGACCCUGUACUAGGUGAUUAUGCUCGGAAUUUGCCUGAUGCGAGAGAGUCAGAAGUUCUCUCUCUUUUUGCCACAAUAAUUAACAAAUACAAGGGGACAAUGAUUGAGGAUGUUCCUCGCAUAUUUGAAGCUGUUUUCCAGUGUACUUUGGAGGUUUGUGAAUAUUGUUUAGACAUUUUAUGUCCCAGGCAGGUGUUUGUGCUGAUCCGUGUUUGUCAUGGGAAUAGAUUGAUUAUUUCCCUUAACUCACCAGAUACGAAAGUUAUUUUUACCUCAAUAUACACUUCUUUGAAUAUACAUCUGUAAAAAUGUAGACCUUGUUAAACAUGCAAUUUUGGGCUGAUCCGUGUUUUUUUUUGUGAAAAGAUUGAUUAUUUCCCUUACUCACCAGAUACGAAAGUUGUUUUUAACUGAAUACGCACUCAUCCGAACAUGCAUCUAUAAAAAUGUAAACCUCAUUAAACAUUCAACACAUACAUGUUAAUGUACUAUAUUUUUCUUUCUUUGUGUAUCCUAUCACGUGACAUCAGAUUCAAAAGUCUGAAUAUGAUGCAGUGCUGCACAAAUAUUUUGAUCUAUGCUAGUUUCCUAAUUUAGUUAAGGUUGAAAGUUGAGUUAUUACUUCCAUUCCAUCUCCUGAUCCAAACCCCAGUGAGCUCUGUACAAAAAAAUUAUUACAUUUCUAAUUCAUUCAAACAAUUUGUUAGGCAGGGGCAGAGCGUCGUGAGGCCCAUAGAUGGCAAAUGCUCACUGGAUUUGGAGAAAGGAUUCGAUUCAGUUCUUUAUUCUCUUUUUUAUGUAAAUGGAUUCGGUUUGGUUUUGGGUUUUACAUCAGCAAGAAAAAUAGGAAACUUAAAAGGAAGGCAUCAUCGUCAGCAUUUUUAAAUCUAGUUUCCUGAUUUUUUCCCCUUUCCUUCCCCACUAUGCAUAUGCACACUGCUUUGUAAAUUUUAAAUUUCCUUAAGUUCUUCUUACCUUACGGUUGUAACUUUAGAAAUGAAAAGAAGCCCAGACUUAAGCUGCUGCCUUCUAUCCUUUCUUUUUCAGAUUCUUUAUUUAUUUAU